ACAUUUCACAAUUUUUGUUUAGAAGAAGCUGGAGACCAGUGUCCAAUCUGUUCCCCUCACCUUGCUGAAAAAAUUGCAGAAAUCUGUUCAGCAUUUAAUGAAAGCUUGUUGAAACCAACAGCAAAAUCUACUAGAACCCCACAAAGCAAUCAAGAACCUGGUAGUAAUGAUGAGAAUGACAGCAUUAAUGUCAAAAGAAAUUGUGACCCUGAAUACUAUGACUCUGCACAAUGGGAAUCCCACAUUGACAGCGAGUUAAAUUCAUUUGUUGUUGCACAACCACAACUGAGACACAAUGUUCCUAAUCACCAGGCUGCACCUUCACAGGCAAUUAACAUCCAAGUUACCACUCAUCCAGUUGGUUCAUCUACAUUUUGGUUCUUUCCUCCUUACAUAUCUCAGUCAACUCUACUUGGAAGAAAUGGAUCUAAUGCAUUUACUUUUAUCUCACUAAUUUUGGCCCAUUCAUAUAUCACUUCUGCAAACCGAACCAGUAUACAGCUCAGCCGUGGUCCUCCCAUAAACCCUCAUUGGCUUUCAAUGAUGUUAUCUGCAAUUGUUCGUGGCAACAGCAUAUAUGACACUGUGACGAAUGGUUGCGGGUCUCCAUUCUUUAGUGUUGUUAAGGCAAAACCACAUCUAGAUUCAGUCAUUGGGACUGUUUCUCUUGAAGACACCCUCGAUCUGUUAAUUACAUCAGUACACAGUAAACAUCAAUGGAAAAGGUGGGAGGCCUGUGGUCUCAUUAAUUCAUUGAUCAUCCGCUGGAAUUAAAGAAGUCGUCGUGGGCGCGAGCUCCGUCUACGCCCCUGAGAUAUUUCCCAACGCAAUCCAACAUUAAACUCAAGUGCAGCCAAAAAAUGGAGCAGUGUCUUCACUUAUUGGAACCAGAAACUCUGACUUGGUACAGCUAUGUUGCGGGUUUUGCAUGGUUUGUAGUAUUUGUCGUGUUUAUCGGCCCCACUUCGGAUUUUUAUGAGAACGAAUCCCGCGCGGAUUUCAAAUGCAAGACAGAAUCAGUGAAAGAUAAUGCUUGGAUUACUAAACAAUGCUUUGGAAAUUACGAGAAGGACUACAUAAAAAUUAUCCCUAUAUUCGUGUUUGUACUGAUCAACUUCUUCGUUAUCCUCCUUGUGUUUGUGAUUUACUCGUGUUUUACAAAGAGGAGAGUCGAGAGGAUUAAAAACCACGAAACAAAUGAUGCCGAACUCCAGCCACUUCAGCCAACCCAGCCAGAGAAGAAAACCAAAUUAGUUUGGUCCUACAUUGGUCAACUCACCGCAAGGAUUCUAUUGGGAAUAAUAUUUAUGGUGUCACAAACUGGGUAUUUUUACCCCCAUGGCUUUCCGUCGAACUUUGAAUGCAGAUCUAUCAAACGGCAAAGGAAUUCCACUGCUGUCGUUAUCGCCAACAUAACGUAUGAUUGUUAUAAUCAGGCGGCGAGUAAGAAAAAACAUUGGGUAAUGGGGUUAUUGGUGGUAAAUGGAGUUUUUGCUUUCGUUGCCUUCGUAGAAUUUCUGUGGGUGUUAUACACGGUUAAAAGAAGGAGAGCUUGUUUCAAUGAUUUGCAAUUUUAUCAAAAUUUCUUAGGAGGUUCCAAUAAGCAACAACUUAAAUUAUCGAAUAUCAUCAGCAAAAUGAAAACAAACUUCUUGGAACACACAAAGAGACUUGCUGAUCUCAGAACACCAUUUCGUUCUAAUCCUGGGGAAGGCCGUCAGCCACACGACCUGGAAACAGAUAAGAUUUAUGUGGAUGUCACAAUCCAUAAGAACAGAGCAACAAUGGAUUUCCCCCAUAAAAGAUCUGAACAAUUGAAAGUGUACCCACCAAAACGUUGUAAGGACACUCUUGAGCUUAAACAGAUAGCAGAUAUAAUCGAUGCUGAACACAAAAAUGUGCUUCUUGUUGGCCGACCUGGCAUUGGGAAGACAAUGAUGUGCACCAGGCUCCUGCGAUUGUGGGCUGAAAGCGAGUCCAGUGAUGAGGUAGCUUUGUCUAUUGCUUUUCGGAAUGUUUCCUCUACUUCUGACAUCAAUAUCAGGGACCUUUUGACUCUUUCUACUACAACACAAGGACUUGAUGAUAAUGAGAUAAGCUACAUUUUAAACUACAUUACUGCAAACCCUAGCAAGCUCAUUUUGUGUUUAGAUGGUGUUGAUGAAUUUUCAUCUAGAUCAAAUAUUUCUCAAAGUGAAGAUUUGGACUUAAGAAGCACAGAUGGGAAAAUGGCCCCACAUAUACUUUUUCGUAAGAUAUGGUCUAGAAAACUCCUAUGCGAAGCAACAGUUAUAACAACAACACGUCCAACUGCUGUUGAAUGUCUGAGGGAACUUCCUGAAGACUGUUUGAAUAGAACUGUUGAGAUUCUUGGAUUCUCAUUUGAACAAGUCAAAGACUAUGUCACCAAAUUUUCAGAGAGCCGACCAAAGAUAUGGGAACACAUACAACAGAAUGCAAAUCUACUUUCCCUCUGCUACAUUCCAGUAAACUGCUUUAUUAUUUGUCAUUGUCUUCUUCAUAGUUGUGAUCAUUUGCUGCCUGUAAAGAUUACAGAGAUUUACAGUAUUUUUGUGAAAAUAUUCUUCCACAAGCGAAAUCACAACAGAAAAGCGUAUGGAUGUUCAAAAUGUGACCUUAGAACUUACAUGUACAAACCCUUUGAAGACCUGAAACCUGAAAAUGAAAAGGUGUUCAAGAGGCUUGGAGAGCUAGCAUUUGAAGGAAUUAGAGAUGGGAAGUUGAUAUUCGAGUCUGUUAAGAUAGAUGAUGCAUUAUUAGAUUGUGGGCUGCUUCACAGUUUACCUGAAAUACCUUCAAAUUCACUGGUGGAGCCCCCUAAACAAUACUUUUGCUUUAUUUGCAGGAGUUUCUAGCAGCUAAACAUGUGACUGACACAAAUUCGGAAGAAGAUUUAAAGAGCUUUGUUGAGAACCAUAUCAAUGACGGUGCAUGGCAAAUAGUCACACGGUUUGUGGCAGGGCUUUCCAAUACCCAUGAAGUCACAUGCAGACUCCUUCCAGAAAGAGUGACUGAUCAAAAGGAGUGGCCAGUUGCAGAAGACACAACACUUGCUGUGGAUGUGUGCCACUGCUUAUAUGAAUCAGCUAGUGAGAUGGAGGCUAAAGCAUUGCUGCAGGGUAAACUUGAA